AUGGCGGCGAUAGAUGCAAACGACACCGAGAAGCCGUGCGAGGUCGCCGCACCCCGAAACCCAAGCGUCGUGCACCGACUAGGUUUCCUCAAUCUGAUUGCGGUGGGCUUCAACGUUUGCAACACUUGGGCUGGGGUUUCCUCUAGCAUGCAGGUUGCCUUGCUGCAGGGCGGUCCUGCUGCGCUGUUGUACGGCUUGUUCGUCACAACUAGCUUGUAUUUCAGCAUCGCCUUGUCCAUGGCAGAGCUCAUCAGUGUCUAUCCUACUGCCAGCGGCCAGUACCACUUCACAUCCAUUCUUGCUCCGGAUCGAGUCAGCAAGGGCCUGUCGUACAUAUGUGGCUUCAUAACAGUGAUUAGCUGGGAGGUGAUUGGAGCCACAGUUACCAUGGUUCCUUCAGCACAGAUAUUUGCACUAUGGCAGUUCUAUCGUCCUUCUUUCCAGGCCAAGUCAUGGCACAGCUUUGUCAUCUACGAGGCUUUUGGCCUGUUUGUUGUGCUUUACAAUAACCUGGUUCUCCCGUGGGCUCUUUGGACUCAUAAUUUGGGAUUCACUCUCAACAUAGCCAUCUUUAUCGUGGUUACCGUCCUCCUCAUUGUUCGACCCUCUGACAAGGCACCAGACGCGUUCGUGUGGGACACUUUUAUCAAUUUCACCGGCUGGUCCGACGGCGUAUGCUUCUUGACGAGUCUUAUCACCAGUUCCUUUGGGUUCACCGGUCUUGACGCCUGCUUGCAUUUGGCAGAAGACGUCAGCUCACCCAAGAAGGUAGUCCCAAGGACAAUGAUUCUGACAGUAGCGAUUGGCUUCGCCACUACAUUUCCAUUCAUUGUAGUGAUGCUGUAUGGUGUCGCCGACAUUAAUGCUAUUUUGGCAAUUCAAGGAUAUCUCCCAUUGGAGAUAUACCGAAUGAUAUGGAGGUCAGAUACCGCGGCUAUAGCAAUCACCAUCUCCAGUAUCGUUCUUACAUUUUUCAUCCUCAAUUCCAUCAUGCAGACGUCUUCUCGCAUGACUUGGGCGUUUGCUCGAGAUAAUGGCAUCAGCUUUUCGCACUUUUUUGAGAAAAUGCAUCCCACUCUUGGGGUACCUCUCAAUGCUGCGAUCCUCAAUUGGGUAAUCCUAUCUCUCUGCGGUGUUGUAUACCUGGUUUCUAAAAUCGCAUUCAACGCUCUACUUGGAUCGAUGAUUGUGCUUCAGCUGUUAUCAUUUAUCAUACCUCUGGUGCUAAUUUUAUGGAGACGUCGAGAUAACCGAUUUUUGCCACGCAAACGAGCCUUUCGUCUCCCAAAUAUAGUCGGUUGGAUUGUCAACGUAUACGCCAUUGCGGUUGGCGCGACAUUGUCGGUCUUCUUCCUCCUGCCGCCUUUCUUGCCUGUCACUUCACAAAACAUGAACUACACUUGUGCCAUCCUUGGUAUCGGCGUAGUACUUUGCUUGGCGAAUUGGUUGAUACACGCGAGGAAGCACUACCAUGGGCCUCAGAUUGUUUUCCACGAGUAG